GGAUGUUUCGAUCUGUCGAACGGUCACGCCUUCGGCUGCUAUGGGUAUUAUAUCACCUCGAGAUUUUGUUGAUGUCAUUUCCGUUAAACGCUAUGAGGAUGGCACAGUUUCAUCAAAUGCUACCAAUGUAAGCCAUCCAAACUCUCCUCCUCAACCUGGCUACGUCAGAGGCUUCAACCAUCCUUGUGGCUGUUUUUGUGUUCCUGUUCCUGGGGAACCAGGCAAAAUGCAGCUGUUCAGCUUUUUCCAGACUGAUCUUGGAGGUUUGCUUCCUCGUUCGGUUGUCGAUUCAUUUUUCCCCACUAGUAUGGUGGAGUUUUACAGCAACCUGACCAAAGCCGUAAAAUCGCUGAAAUAGCACCAAUGGCACUUUAUAGAUAAUAUACCCCCCUUUAAUCUUAAAUGUGAAUAUUUUAAUAAUUUAAUUGCAUUUAAUUAAGUUUUAGUGGAAAGUGAAUUUACUGUACUUAUAGAUUUAUUCCUGAUUCUUCCAAUAGCUACACGUGUCCAAACACACUUGCACAUAGAGUUAAGAGUACUGGAACAUUUUGUUUGAUAUAUUAUUUCGGAAAUUCUGAAAACUUGAUUCAAACGAUGAACUAUUGCACAAAAAAUUAUACAUUUAUGCAUUUGGCAGAUGCUCUUACAGGGUUUCUGCGGAUUUUAAUCUUAAUUCACUUUUACACAAAUUAAGGUCUUAAAAGGCCCUAAAUAGGUGCAGAAAGCUUAUAAAUGCAUUCAAUGUUGCAUGCACUGCAAAAAAAAUAUAUUUUUCUCAUAAUUAUUGUCUUGGAUAUUUUGGCGGAUCAAAUAUCUGAACAUCUUUAAUCAAGAUACAUUUACUUGAGAUGCAAAAUUAAUAUAUGAAGUCUGAAACUGAACUAAACAGCACAAAAUUAAGUGAGUUUAUGCUUAAAACAAGAACAAAUAUUUGUCAGUGGGGUCUGAAAUGGGGUCUCAUUUUGAGCCCUUUGACAGAUUUUUGUUCUUAUUUUAUUCAUAAACUCCAUUUGGAUACAUUUCUCAGAAACAUGGCAAUUUGCUUCUUGAUUUAAAAAUUUUUUAGAAGCUUGCAGCACAAAACAAGACAAAAUAACUGAGGAAGAACAUCUCUUUUUUGCAGUGUGAUCAGAAGCUACAAUGAAAGUAAUUACCAUACUCUUGGUUGGGAGCAGAGGUAUUUAAGCCAUAAGCUAUUUUUAGUCAAAUGUAGUAAAAAGUAAAAGAGUUUUGUUGGAAGUUUCAAACUUGCUAAUACAACCCAUUGUCUGCUCUAGACAUUCACAUUCAGAGAACAUAUUGAUGUUUUGUGUUCCCUUCACUCCAUUUCAUAAAUUUUCUUUACAUUGUCUUAAAAUGUCUUCAUAAAAUCCUGCAGAAACCCUGUUUUAUCCAAAGUAACUGAAAGUGCAUUCAAAUUAAAUCGUAUCAGUCUGUUUGUUAUAUGGGAACUGAACACGAUGUUGGUGUUGCUAGCAUCAUGCUCCUUGCCUGUUGCAGAGUCAUUCCAUCAGGGUUUUUUUUAACCAUAAUUCAGUAGUGUGAUCCUAUAAUGUAGCAUGAUAAUAGAUUUGGAUUAUUUCAUUCAUAUAGGGCAUUGUUAACUUUUUUGGACUAUACAGCUCUAUUUUAAAAGGUAGUGAGCGGCCUUGCCGUCUGCUGGUUUGGAGCUCCCUACAUAGGCAGCACAAAUAAUGCUCCUCACAUGAAGCAUAAGGGACUGGACUCACGAUUGAUUUAAAGAGUUUGAUUUUAUCAUACAACAUGACGCUACUUUAGAAUGAGGUAUCUUAGAAGGCAACAUAGGGUUACUGCUUCUGUGUCAGGAGUGCAUGUUUGAUGUCUGGCCUAAAUAGGCAGUUCACUCAUUUUUGGAACAGAGUUUUAUUUUAAUAAGCUGUUUUGAGAAUUUCAGUUACGUAUUUGAGGACAGUUGUCUUAGUCUGGAGAUUACAUUUUUGAGUAAUGGAGUUUUUGAUAGAUGCUCAAGCUUGACCCUUAUACACAAGUCUGGGUGUUAAUUAUGCUGAAACUUUCUAUAAGUAUUUCUAUAUUUGAAUAGUGAUAUUUUAGCGCAUAAAUGGCUUUGGCAAAUCAAUGUUUACUGACAGACACAUAUCUUCAGACAAAUUUGAAGAAUUGCAUUUACUGCUGUUCUCUGUUGACACAACUGAGUUUAUGUACUGUAUUUUUGAGACUGACAAAAAAGGCCAGAACAGUCAUG